AUGAACAUGUAUUAGUAAGAAAUCAGUGAGCAAGAUAAGCACAUUGAUGAAAUAAAUUAUGUAGUAGAUAAGUUGAAAGAUCAAUAAGGACUAAUGAAAGAUGGUUUAGAUGAAAUGGGAUAAAAGCUUUAGGAUUUAGAGGAAGGUAUUGAUAAAAAUGGAGUAAGAAUGAAUGCAGUUCAAAAAAAACUAUCUAAAUUACUAUAAACAAAUGAUACAAGUCAAAUAUGCACGAUUUUGAUUCUUUUUGGCAUCCUCUGUGUUUUAAUUUUCCUUGUUAUCUACACAUGA